AUGGGAAUGUCUACAAGUGUCAAAGUGAUUGUCUCUAUACUUCUUGCGGUGUUCUUGGCUCUUGCAGCAACCAGCACUGAGGCAAGAUUCAUAAAUUAUCGCGAUCUUAGUAGGGGAGAUCACGCUUUGGCUUGCAAUAAAGCGAAACCUGGUACCUGCAAGAAGCAAGAAGUCAAUCCUUACCACAGAGGAUGCGAGUCGGCCGAACGUUGCCGUGAAUCCAGAUGA